UUUGGGAACUUCUAUAAAUAGAGGUACAAAAUCAAUUUGGGCUUCAAACAAUUCCUAGCUUUUACAUCAAGCAAAUUCAGCAAAAACUCUCUCUCUCUCUCUCAACUAUAUUUUGCAAAGUUUUAGUGAUCAUUUUAUGGGUAUGAUGAUUCGUUUGCCUUCUUCUAUGGUACAUGGAGUGAAGCACAUUCUGAAGCUGCAGCCUAAAUCUCACGAGGUUCCAAAAGGGCAUGUUGCAGUAUAUGUAGGAGAAAUGGGAAAGAAGAGGUAUGUGGUUCCAGUUUCUUACUUGAACCACCCUUCUUUCAAAGUGUUGCUUAAGAGAGCAGAAGAAGAGUUUGGCUUCAACCAUCCAAUGGGUGGUCUUACAAUUCCAUGCAAAGAAGAGACCUUCAUUAGCCUCACUUCUCAGUUGGGUGCCAGACAAAGACGAUGAUGAUUGGAUCAUAGAGAAAUCUUCCACAAUUUUGAAUUUUUUUUUCCUUUUUGGGUUUUGUUUUGGUAGGCUUAGGAAUGAUGGGGAACCAAACCCAUCUGAGAUUUUGUACAUGUAAAUGAGUAGGGCACUAGG